GGACAGCAGGGCUGGGCGGCGGGCAGCGAUGCGGCCUCUGUUGCGAGGGGCGGGAAGCCCUCGGGCGGGUUCUACAAGCGGCAGAUGGUAGGUACCCUGGAGUACAUGGCUCCCGAGCUGCUGCUGCGCACCGCCCCGCACAGCCCCGCAUCGGAUGUGUACGCAUGGGCGGUCACGGUGAAUGAGGUGGCCACCGGUGUGGUGCCCUUUUCGGAUUGCACCAAGGACAAUCCGGAGGUCCACACCGUGCUGGAGAUGGGCUACGGCCGAUUGGAGCUAGCAGCGGCGGUGAGCGCGGAGGGGCUGCGGCCGCUGCUGCCUCGGAGCUGUCCGCCCGCGCUGGCAGCACUGCUGGGGGCGUGCUGGGCGGCACAGCCGGAGCAGCGACCCAGCUUCACUCAGAUUCGAGAGGCAUUAGAGCGGAUAGCCCGGGAGGACCUCCCGGAGUGGGAAGCUCAGCAGCAAGAGCAGCAGCAGCAACUACAGCAGCAGCAAGAGCAGGCGGGUGAUGCUGAUGACGAUGAUCAUGGUGAUGGCAGCAAGGUGACCCAUGGGUCACAUCCCCUGGUCGUCGUCGACGUGGACGUCAUGGUUUCAGACGCGCUAGACGUCCCAGACACCGAUCCUGCCAACGGCUACAGAUCCAUGGGUCACCAAUCGACCGGCGGCGCCAAGGGCUCCCGUCUUGACGCCCCUGCUGCAUGUGAUAAGAACAAUGGCGGGGGUUACAGCUGUGGUGACGGCAAAGGUCAGGUGCAUGCAGUGGGGGGGCAUGAUGCUGCCGCGGCUCUCGCUCCUGCUCUGCAUGCAAGCAUGUGGCCCUUCAUCCUCUUGCCCCCGGGUGGCGCCGGAGGCGGAGGAAACAGCGUGCAGGAGCACCCGGAGUCAAACGAAACAGCGGCAUGGCUCAUGCAGCUGCCUCAGCAGCAGCCGCUACCAGAGCAGCAGGACAGCGCUCCUGCUGCUUCUGCUGGCAGUACCUUGAGCAUCACCAGCACCAGCAGCAGCGGUCUCAUCUUCAACGGGGGAGUGUUUGAGGCAAUCGGGCCGAGAGAUGCCAUGGAGGAUCGCUGGCUGCUGCUGCAGGACCUCUGGGGGCGUCAGCAGCUGCUGCAGCCACAGCUGCAGCCAGAAGAGAACCAUGCCCCAGCCGGUGCCGAAGCAUCACACGCAUUGCCACCGGUGCUCUCCCCAGCGCCACACCCUUCAGGGCAAUCGCAGGAGGCAUCAUGUACGGCAAGCGGGCUGACGUCACAGCUGACGUGGGAUGCCGUACCGGCGGUGCCGCUGGCGGCGGUGUUUGACGGGCACCGAGGCGGCGAGGCGGCGGAGUUCUGUCGGGGGAGGCUGGCGGAGGUGUUGCGGGACGCGGUGCGGGAGAGCGGGUCACCGGAGGAGGCGCUGCGUUCGGCGUUUGCGCGACUGGAGGAAGGCUAUCACGCCCACUGGAAGCGACAGCGGCAACUGCACCCCCACCUCGCCACCGGUCCCCGUGCCUUCCCCGGCGCCACCGCCCUCGUCGCCCUGCUGGCCCCCGGCGGCCGACUGUACGUCGCCAAUGCGGGCGACUGCCGAGCCGUACUGUGUCGCGGUCGUCGCGCGUUCGCCGCCAGUCGCGAUCACACUGGGUUGUUGACGGACGAGCGACGGCGAGUGGCGGCGGCGGGGCUGCCGGUGCAAUGGCAGCACGGCGGCUGGCGCAUUGGCACGUCGGGAUUGCAGGUGACUCGCUGCAUUGGCGAUUUCGAUGUGAAGGGUGGCUUGCCAGCCGUCAGCGAGGGCCCCGGAAGCGGCGUCACGGCAGCUCCCGAGAUCACCUUUG